AUGAAAAAGGUGGCGAUCGUGGUGACAUUUUGUGUUCAGUUUUUGGUCCAACAUGCUAACGGAGCUAUGACUAUGAAGCAGCUAACCAACUCGAUGGAUAUGAUGCGUUCAGCAUGUGCUCCCAAGUUUAAAAUUGAAGAAGUGGAGCUACACGGUUUAAGGAAAUCAGUUUUUCCUGCCGAUCCGGACAAAGAACUUAAAUGCUACACUAUGUGCAUAGCACAGAUGGCGGGAACUAUGACAAAAAAAGGCGAAAUCAGCUUUUCCAAAACAAUGGCACAAAUUGAAGCAAUGCUCCCGCCAGAGCUGAAAACUAUGGCAAAGGAAGCGUUAAGCCAUUGCAAAGACACACAAGCUUCCUACAAGGAUCCCUGCGAUAAGGCAUACUUCUCUGCAAAGUGUGCUGCAGAUUUCACCCCCGACACCUUCAUGUUCCCCUGAAGAUGACAUCACGGAUUCGAUGCCACGAAUGCUGGAUAUGAUUAACUUUCAUUCGGCUAUAAUAGUUCUCUGUUUUGGACUCUAGUUGAGCAAUUUAUUGUGAUAAAAAUAAUCUAUGUGUUUAGUUUGCACACCGUACACCGGUCUGGACUUACAUUCUUUGUAGGAUUAGUGGACAAAUAUAUAAUCUUGAGGAAUGUUUUGUCGUUUUUGUUGUUGGUGUUGUUAUAA